AUGGAGGCUUCGCCGCUUACACAGCAGACGAGACCGGACACUUUCCAACCAAAGAUCGUCCAGCUCUACGAGUCACUCUUUAAAUCGACCGAGGAUGCAGAACACUCCGAGGGCUUCUGGCGAGAGUUUUUUCUACUGCCACCAGAUGGAGGCCAGCUUCAUGUUUUGCUAGACAAGUUAAGCCCCGACGAGACGCUGGGCCUGCAGACGCAAUCUCAACAGCUCUUUGCCCGAGCAAUCCGUGAGGCUGCGGCUGGGGUCGCGCCUGCUGAUUCCUAUGCACUAGAUACCUUGACUAUCUUCUUGACCAGUAUUCUGAGCAAAAAGUACACCAAUCCUAGCUCAGAUGUGAUCAAUAUUCUCGCCGGCCUUGACGAGGUUGAUCACGUCAUCUCCGAGUUUGUCUCUGUCUUGGACGGAAUCAUUCGCAAUGGCUCUAGCUUGGAAUUGCGCCGUAAAGCAAUCCGAGUCGCCAUUGCUAUGACGAGCGGGGCAUACAAGACCAGCCUCGUCUCUUAUUUCACACACCGCGAUUUGUUCCCAUCUCUGAUGAAGUAUGUUCACGACUCUGAUGACCCUAUGCAAGUGUUCGAUCCGUUCCUUCUCCUGGGACUAUUGGCGAACUACAACAAAUUUGAAUUUCAAAACCUCUAUCAACUUCGACUCGAUGAUUUUGUCAACGAGUUGAGCAUUGAGCAGGUUGCUAAAGGUGUUGGCCUCGCCUGUGGCGGACUGCGAAAUGGCUACAUUGCCGUGCAGGAUGACAUACCCGAAGGCUGGUCCUUGAAAAACACUUUGAUCUUCUUUGGGCUUCGGGCUCUCGCGCCUGGCGCGCGGGAUAAGGCUAACCCGCCCAGUGCGGAGGAAGCAAAGGCCAUGUUCGCUGCUCUACCCGCUCACGAAGCCGCUAUCUUGUUGGCAACUUAUGACUUUGCGAACUCUAACAAACUAUUUGGUUACCAUAUGGUUCACCACAUCCCCGAAAAGAAUGAGGAAUCUCCCUUUUCUAGCUUCCUGUCUCUGUCUUCAUAUCUUCUACAACACGCCUAUCGAUCGGUGCGGGUGGCACACUAUGCUGAGCUGGGUUUGUUCACCCUGCGUAUCCUUGUUGAGGACCCAACUCUCUGCAAGCACAUCUGUAGCGAAGAUGGUAAACGCAGAGUCCGAAUUUGUCGCCAGAAGCAGCCAUAUCUCCCAGUAGUUGGCGGAGACCGGGUGCUCGCCACCGUCAUCUUCGACAUAAUGAUCGACACAAUCACGCAUAACCUUCGGCGACGAUUGGACGUCAACAUCUACAGCCACACCGUUGCCAUCACACUGCGCCUCCUAACCUACCUCUCAAUGAACAAAAUCCGACUAAAUUAUCAUUGGUCCGAACUCUGGCGCACGCUCCUCUCCCUCAUGCGCUUCUUAACAACAUAUGCCACCGAUCUAACUACAAACCCCCAAAUUCACACUCUAACAAGCUCACUCGCCGAUCUCCUCGCCUUCUGUGUUUCAGGCGGUGACACCUUCCUCCCCGAUCCAGCCUCCUACGAUGACCUCUUCUACAAGCUCGUCGAAACCGGCCCCGUAAUCUCCAAAUUCCGAGCCAUGUACGCCCUCACCCGCUCAACCACAGGAGCCCAGGGCUCAUCCGCUCCAGUCCCAGACGCAGCGAUUCUCCAGAAAACGGAUCUCCACGCAGCGGCCAUCGAUACCCUGCUCAGUGUUUCCACACAUUUCUACACACUUCUCUUUCAGUCCGAUGGUUCCGAUCCUACAGCGCCUGCCACUGUAGCUGCCAGUCCCAAAACAGACGGCGAGCCUACGCCUGUGGCAUUACCUUCCAUCAAGAAGAAGAACCUCAGUCCGCGAGAGGUUCAUCGAAUUAUCAAGCAGGGGUACGAGACGCUUAGUAUCCAGCCACCAGAGGGAUUGAGUGCGUGGUCGAAAUGGAGAGAGACGGAUUGGAAGACCGAAUUGAAGAAAGCGGCGCGGGUUGCUGUUGAGGAUGCGAGGCAGCUGGUUGCAUAG